GUCAUCGUGUCGCAAGCCACCUCUAUUCUUGGUUGUGAAAAAAAAACUCCUUUCAACACGCAAGAGCCAUCAGAGAGAAUAAAGAGGUUGGUCGUGGUUACUGUGGUUAUAUCCUUCCCUCCUUCCGCGCCGUCCAGCUUCGUUGAUGGGGUUUUCAUAGCAAGCUGUUGAGGGCGAAUGCAUUUCCAGAACUACCUGUUCGAGUCGUUUUAAGUAUUCCUCUCCAGCACGCCUCAAUCUCCUCGCGGCAUCCGUCAAAGGCUAGAAGCACCGCCCCCGCGCCUACAGUCUGACCUCUGCGAGGUCUCAAGCAUAUUUCAAAGUGCGUGCACGCGUCUACGAAUCUUACUUUAUCCACUUGCGGCGCAUUUAGCAAGCAAAGAAACAUGCCUGCCGCAUCAUCCAGGAUGAAAGACACCACUUUAUUGGGACUGUUGCCUCUGCUUCUCGCGGCGAGUGCGCCCCAGCAUGUCGCCGCGCAGUCCGCUACACAGCAGCAGAGCACACAGACCGUGCUCUCUUCCAUCAUCCUGAACGGCGCCAUCUUCCUCGUCGAAAUCGUCGUCUUCUUCAUCCUACGACCCAAGUUCCGCAAGGUGUACCAGCCAAAGUCUUAUCUUGGCCCUGAGGAUGAGCGUGUACCGCCUCAGUCGCCAAGUUUGUUCGGCUGGAUCACGCCCUUCAUCAAGAUGGACAAGAGCGACAUUCUACACAGACAGGGUCUUGACGCGUACAUGUACCUCGAGUAUCUUGAACUGAUGAUCAUCACCUUUGGCCCGAUCUUCUUUCUAACCUGGGCAGUCUUGAUGCCCCUCUACGCCACAGGCGUCACUCGGGGCUCCACUGGCUUCAAUCAAUUCACUUUUGGCAACGUGGGGUCGAACACGACUGCUCAGUUGCGCUACAUUGGCACGCUGCUCGUUCAGUGGGUCUGCACCCUUUGGCUUCUUUACAACAUCCAAGUCAAAGUCAGCAAGUUUGUGAAGCUUCGCCAAGAGUUCAUCGUUUCCGAGAAGCACGCAACCACCGCGCAGGCGAAGACGCUACUCGUCACUGGAGUGCCGAACAAUUUGCUCACCGAGGACAAACUCAAGGCACUGUACAGCCAUCUCCCCGGUGGAGUUGCACAUGUGUGGAUCAACCGCAACCUCAAGGAUCUUCCCGGCAUGUGCGAUGAGCGUCUCAAAUGGUGCAACAAGCUCGAAGGUGCUGAAGCCAGCAUCAUCAAGACGGCAUUCACGAAGAUCAAGAAGGGAAAGGUUGAGGGUGUCGAUGCCUCUUCCUACCUCGAUGGUGCCAUCCCUCUCGAUCUUGCUGAGAAGUACAUUGCAAAGAAGGAGCGUCCAACCCACAAGGUCGGAAGCAAGAUCCCCUGCAUGGGGACAGAGGUUGACACGAUUGAAUGGUGCCGCGAAGAGAUUGCCAAGCUCAACCAUGACAUUGAAGCCAAGCGCCAUGAGGUUGCCACCGACUUUGAAAAGUACCCAGCCGAUAACAGUGCUUUCCUGCUCUUCAACCAACAGAUCGCCGCACAUAUGGCGCAAAAGGCUCAGACGCAUCACCUACCGUACAGGAUGGUAGACCGUUACAUCGAAGCACACCCCAACAAUGUCGUCUGGUCCACGCUCAACAUGAACCCUUACGAGAAGAAGAUCCGCACGCUGGUCUUCUGGCUCAUAACACUCGCCCUCGUUUUCUUCUGGACUGUCCCUGUAGGAUUCGUCGCCAUCAUCUCCAACAUCCAAGGUCUCGCUGAGAAGGUGCAUUGGCUAAGCUGGCUCGACCACAUUGGCCCUGUCACUGGCAUCAUCCAGGGCAUCCUGCCGACGGUCCUGCUGGCGGUGCUCAACAUGCUUCUACCAAUCUUCCUCCGUCUCUUCACGCAACUCUCCGGCGUGCCGACGAGGACCGGGAUCGAGCUCUCCCUCAUGGAUCGCUUCUUCCUCUUCCAGAUUAUCCAAAACUUUCUCUUCCUGACCAUCGUCUCCGGAAGUAUACGCAGCGUGUCUGACUUCCUGGACAGUCUUAGGAAGAACCCAUCUGCCUUCCCCGGUCUCAUCGCCACUGCCGUCCCUAAAGGCUCUACCUUCUUCCUUUCCUACAUCGCCCUGCAGGGCCUCGCUGGUGCCGGGUCCGGCUUCGUCCAGCUCGUCCCGCUCGUCGUGUACUACAUUAAAAAGUUCCUGCUCGGUAGCACCCCACGAAAGCUAUGGCACAUUGACAACGACAUGGGGUCCGUCUCGUGGGGCACGCUUUUCCCGGUCACCUCUUUGAUCACCGUCAUCGCCAUCGGCUACAUGGUCAUUGCGCCCAUCGUUGUUGGCUUCGCACUCGUCACUUUUAUCCUCUACUAUGCGCUCUACAGGUACAACUUUACCUACGUCUACGAUCAAAAGCCAGAGACGGAGACGAGCGGCUUGUUCUUCCCCAAGGCGAUUAACCAGAUCUUUGCCGGCCUGUACCUCGAGCUCGUCAUGCUCGCCGCUCUAUUCUUCCUCGUCAACGCGCCCGACUCGAAUGGCGGAACCAAGCAGACCGCCAUUCCAGAAGGCGCGUUCACUGUUGUGCUUAUCGUCCUCGUUGCCGGCUUCCACUACUUCCUUAACAACUCCUACGGACCGCUAUACAACAGCCUGCCUUUGACGCUUGUACUUUCCACCAACGCCAACGCGCCCCAAUCUGGCGCUACGGCCGCCAAGCUGGAAGAGAGCCUGUACGCUCUAACUGGCUCGGAUGUCGAGAAGAACGUGUCGCAUGACUCGCCAGUCAAGGAAGUCGUUCCCUCGCACAUCAACGGCGCGCUCGAUGCGCAUGGCAGCAAGGCCAUUGACACACUCAACGAGGGGAUCAUGUCCGCGUUCGACCACCCGGCCGUCAAGGAGGACCAGAGGACACUCUGGUUCCCCAACGACCGCCUUGGCAUGGGCUUAGCGGCUGUCAAAGCGGCGCAGAAACACCAGCUUUCCACCACCAACGUCGACACGAAGUACGAUGAGAAGAACCGCCUCGAGGUCAGCGCAAGUAUUCCACCCGGCGAGUCGCUCGAUUAGAGUCGUUGCUGGAGCAUGCAGCCUGCCUAAUAUCACGCAAAUUCUCGUUGCGGAUACCCCUUGUUUUGUGGAGCCGAUUUGCAUGGGCUGCGCUCAUUCUACCGCUUCCAUCGCACACUUGUUUCUCUCACAAACGCAAUUCGCUAUUUCCUGCUUCCCUUAUCCAGUGCAAAGCUCCCAAAGAAGUAAAGCCGGAAUCCAUGUCAAUAUAAUCACCUAAAGCCCACUUUCUUUCCCACAUCACAUUUUUUUUCGCUGUCCCAGCAUUAUACCUCACAAUGCAAUACAGAUGGAAAAACGCAAUGAAAAAGGCAGACGCGCGCCAGAUGAGUAGCAUACAUAUGUGAAGACCAAGACAAAAGGAGGUCCGGGCAAUGGUGAGAGCACAAACUCAUCAGCGGGAUUCAACCGCGGGCGCAGCCAUCGCACGCCACAACUCUUGUAUCAGCUGUGGGGCGUCAUUGGCUGCGAAUGCUGCUUCGAGCAACGGAACGU